AUGAGUACAGUCGUUAACAUGCUUAAAAUAACAUAUUUUAUGAUUCUCGUGCACACCAUUUCUAGUUCCGACGGUCAACAGUACAGUUUAUCAAGUAAAUUAUGUGAUACCGAUCUGCUAAAGUGCUUAAAAGUCGAUUUAGUGAACUGGCUUGAUAAACUAUGUGAUUCUCUUCCUAAAAAUUUAACAGUUACACCAGGAGUGAGUAUAUUAACUCCCUAUAAACCAGCAGAAUCCAGAAGCAUGCAAGUGAAUUUAGAGGAGCAAUUAAUUGAUCCAAUCCUAACAGAAAAGCUUACAAACUUCUUGAAGAAUCAUCAAAUAUCAAUAAACUUGUUGAGUUUAGCAAAAGAAGCCAACGAAGCCAGAGGUAAAGAGAAGAAAAGCUCUGGAAUGAUGAUGCUGAUGUCUGGAGUCAUGCUUUCCGCUAUGCUUGGAGCAUUAUCUCUCAGUGGUAUUGCGGUGAUUGCAGGUAAAGCAUUACUGACCGGAGUAGUCGCUUUUAUGAUCUCCUCGAUAGUGGGAUUGAGGAGUUUAACGGGACAGGAUAAGCAUGGAAGUUCUUUAUAG